CUCACCUGCUGCGGCCGCACCCGCGCGUGGCCGGGGGCGGGGCCGCGGCCUCCUGGCGGAGCGGCUACCGUGCGGGGAGGCGGUGGCGGCGGAGCGAUGGCGUGCGGGGGCUUCGCCUGCUCCAAGAACUGCCUGUGCGCCCUCAACCUGCUCUACACGCUGGUGAGCCUGCUGCUGAUUGGAAUUGCAGCAUGGGGAAUUGGCUUUGGCCUCAUCUCUAGUUUCAGAGUUGUUGGAGUGGUAAUCGCAGUGGGAGUCUUCCUCUUCUUUAUUGCCUUAGUUGGAUUGAUCGGUGCAGUGAAACAUCAUCAAGUAUUGCUAUUCUUUUACAUGAUUAUUCUUCUGCUAGUCUUUAUUGUCCAGUUUUCUGUCUCCUGUGCCUGUUUGGCAUUAAAUGAGGAACAGCAGAGUGAACUUCUAGAGGUGGGAUGGAGUAACACCAACAGCGCAAGAACAGAUAUUGAGAGAAAUCUGAAUUGCUGUGGAUUCAGAGUUUUUUAUCCAAAUGAAACCUGCCCUGCUGAUUGUCUUAGAACUCUCCACUGUAGACCAUGUGCACCAAUAAUGGAAGAAUAUGCUGGAAUGGUGCUGAGAUUUGUCGGCGGGAUAGGACUCUUCUUCAGCUUCACAGAGAUUCUGGGAGUUUGGCUGACUUACAGAUACAGGAACCAAAAGGAUCCCCGUGCAAACCCUAGUGCAUUUAUUUGAUGAGUUUCUAAAGGACUAAAUCUUCUCUCUGCACCCUCUACUUAAAAAUACUGAUUCUCCAUAGUUUGGUAUUUCUCCAUGAUAGGUAUUCUACAUGUACUCAAAAUAAAACACAAGUCCUGUAAGAAAUGUGUAGUUUUCAUAUUUAAUUUCUACUAUUUUUCUUCUAAGAAUCUCUAUCUUAAAGUAGAUGGGUGCAUUCAGUAGCUGGGCAGAGUUGAACUGCUGGUUAAGACUUUGUUAAUUGUUAUGGUAAACUCUAUACAAUGAGUUUUAUAGCACUACUGGGUUAUCUGCUGUAAAAAAAAAAAAACCCUAAAGGUAUUUUCUGCUGUAUUCAUUGAUUACAAAAAUUCACACGAAUUCUCAUUAAAAUGAUAAAAAUUUAUGGUGGAUGGUUGGGUAUGAUUUACUUAGGUUUUAGGAUUUACUCUAGUAAACUUUUUUGUCUCCCAUUUUCCUGUUAAGGUAAAAAUAGAAGCUAGAGAUGUUAUUUUCUAUAGUGCACAUAAGUGUAUGUUAACGACUACUGUAGUCUUCACCCCUCCCCUUUCCUGUUUGUUUUGGUUUUCUGAUAGCUUUAGAAUUUUGUUGAGAAUAAAAACAAUGUUAAUGAAUAUUGUCAUUAUGAGAACAAUGAAUGAAGAAAACCAGGAGAAUGUAAUCUGCAGCUGAUUAACUUGAAACUUUUUUCCCUUGACAAGUGAAUGAGGUUUGGUAUUUGCACAAUCAAUGUCUGUCAUCUCUGAUAUAAGAAACUUGAUGUCUGGAAAGUUGUUGUACAGCUUUUUUUUUUUAGAUGGUGUAAAGUCAUUGUUGUAAUAACUCAGCAGUGUAUAUUUCUGUGUCAUCCAGAUAACAGUCUUGAUUUCAUGAGAGAUUGAAUGACAUGUAAAAAAAAAAAAAGGAAAGAAAAACAGCAACAAAAACAAA